CUUCAAGUAAUCGCUGCUUUCGGAGAUGGGGGAGCUGGCGGUGGACAAACACGUUCAGUACAUCUUAUCUGUUGAAAAGAAAAAGGAUAGUUUUGAAUCAGUGGUGAUGGACCAUCUUAGAAUGAAUGGUGCAUAUUGGGGAUUAACAACGUUAGACCUUCUGGGGAAGCUUGAUUCUGUUAAUGCUGAUGAAGUUAUUUCAUGGAUCAUGCAAUGCCAACAUGAAUCUGGUGGUUUUUCUGGCAAUAUUGGGCACGACCCACAUAUUUUGUAUACUCUUAGUGCUGUGCAAGUGCUUUCCCUUUUCAACAAGCUAGAUGUUCUUGACAUUGAUAAGGUUACUAGUUAUAUUACCGGGCUGCAAAACGAAGAUGGAUCCUUUUCAGGUGACAUGUGGGGUGAGGUGGAUACACGGUUCUCUUAUAUUGCCAUCUGUUGCCUUUCAAUAUUACGUUGUCUGGAUAAAAUCAAUGUCGAGAAGGCCGUUAGCUAUAUUCUGAGUUGCAAAAACCUGGACGGUGGCUUUGGAUGUACACCUGGUGGCGAGUCUCAUGCAGGGCAAAUUUUCUGUUGUGUGGGUGCUCUUGCUAUAACGGGAUCUCUACAUCAUGUUGAUAAGGACCUUCUCGGCUGGUGGUUAUGCGAGCGACAAGUCAAAUCUGGAGGUCUUAACGGCCGUCCCGAGAAACUCCCUGAUGUUUGCUACUCGUGGUGGGUUCUUUCUAGCUUGAUCAUGAUUGACAGGGUUCACUGGAUAGACAAGGAAAAGCUGGUGAAGUUCAUCUUGGACUGCCAGGAUCUGGAAAAUGGUGGAAUUUCAGAUAGGCCCGAUGAUGCUGUCGAUGUCUUCCAUACAUAUUUCGGAGUUGCUGGACUUUCACUUCUCGAGUAUCCAGGAUUGAAAGACAUUGAUCCAGCUUACGCAUUACCCGUCGACGUCGUAAAUAGAAUAUUCUUCAGCAGGUAAUCGGUGUUUGCUUUCUUCCUCAGCAAGUUCCUUUUGUACUUCCAACUCUUUUUAGU